GGUUCAUCUCUCGCCCGCAGACCCGGAGUCACUCCCCAUUCACAUGAAGCAACUUGGACAAAAGUUGCGUCUACUUUCCAGCCUCAUGAAUAUUCAUAUCGUGUGGGUGUCGACCGAGACCCACUAGCCUUAAAUAGGCAGAGCUUCUGUACCUGCAGCACCCACUGAAGCUCUGAGGAUAAGCAAAGAAGUUCUUCUAUGAGCGGGUUCUUCUGCGGUUUACAAACGUAACACAACUAAAAUGGACAUGCAUGAGAUCAUCCCUUUCGCUAAGGAAAUGCUGAGGUCCGGUCCCUCCAAGGGCUGCCUGAAGGUCUACCUAGUGGGCGGCACGUUCGCCGUCCUGGGAAUGGUGAGCGGCGUGGUGCAGGUUGCCGCUUCCCUCUUCCCUGACCACGAGGAGCCUGAUUUUGAGAUGCUAAAGGUGCAGGAGCUCAUAAAAGUAAAAGAGCAGGUCCAGGAGCCACAAACCUCCAUCCCUGAAGAUGACGAAAUGGAUGCUGCGAUGGAGGCCAAGGCUAAGGAAAUGCCCAUGACCAGACAGAGGAGGAUGAGCUUCAGAGCUCAUGCUUCAUAAGGCUCGUGCCCUGCUGCUGUUUAUGCCUACUUGACGAAAACGAAAGUUGAGCCAAAAUGAAGUUCUGCUUGUGCACUGACCCGUCAUGAGGAACCAAUGGACCCAGUUAUUGUACUGAGCGCUGCAGAGCAGCACGGAGAGGGAAAUGACUUGAUAGUUUACGACUGACUGUUACGUAUGUCUGUUUAGAUGGUGUAAUGAUUUUUUAUUAGAUGAUAACUAUUUAUAAAGGAUGUAUAAAAGUCAUGUGAAGAGUGUGCUAUAUUUUACUGCCAUGAAAUAAAUUCAUAUUUGCUCAA